CUUUGAAUAUGAAUAAUAAUAAUGGAUGCAUGUAAUAACAUCUCUGUGAAUCUGUAAUAUUGUAACAUUUUAGUGUUUUGCUGGGCAUGGAUGUGAUAUGUGGUUCGUUACGUGUGCGCUGCACCUCAUCAACGCAUCCAGUGAAUUUUAUCAAUAAUAAAGAGCUAUCAGAGCAGUCUAGUGAUACAGACAAUGAACAUAAUUUUACUACAUAUUAUACAACAUAUGAACAUAAACGUAUAAAUAAUAGUGAUUUGUGGUUAUGUCCUAGUGUAAUGUCACCUGAAACAAAACGACUGUUACCUCCAACAACCGAAACAAUACAAACAAAACCAUUUCCAAUUCGUGGAGAAAGAGCGAAUUAUGUUAAUAGCCCGCACGUUAUUGCCAUGGUUGGUUUGCCAGCCCGUGGUAAAACUUACAUAUCAAAAAAAUUGUCUAGAUACCUAAAUUGGAUUGGAAUCAAUACUAGAGUAUUUAAUUUGGGAGAAUAUCGACGACAUGCUACAACCGCUUAUAAAAGUCAUGAAUUUUUCCGACAAGAUAAUAUGGAGGCAAUGGCACUACGCACUAAAUGUGCGGUUGAAGCAUUACAAGAUGUUUGUCAGUGGCUCAAAAAUGGUGGGGAAGUUGCAGUAUUUGAUGCAACAAAUUCAACGAUGGAUCGUCGAAAAAUGAUACAUAACAUCGUUGUAGAAAAAAUGGGUUAUAAAUUAUUUUUUGUAGAAUCUGUAUGUGAUGAUCCAAGUAUUAUUGAACAAAAUAUUAUGGAAGUGAAAGUUAGCAGUCCAGAUUAUUACAACAUGAAUACAGAAACAGCUUUAACCGAUUUCUUACAACGAAUACAACAUUAUCAAGACCGUUAUCAUCCGUUAGAUGAAAAAUCAGAAAAGGAUUUAUCAUUUAUGAAAAUUUAUAAUACUGGUGAAAAGGUUGUCGUGCAUAAACACGAAGGGCAUAUACAAUCAAGGAUUGUAUAUUAUUUAAUGAAUAUACAUAUUACUCCUAGGACAAUAUAUAUUACAAGGCAUGGUGAAAGCGAAAUGAACUUAGAAGGUAGAAUAGGUGGUGAUUCUAAUUUAAGUGAACGUGGACAAAAGUAUGCAAAAGAAUUAGCUAAAUAUAUUCGUGAACAAAAUAUAGAAGGUUUAAGAGUAUGGACGUCAUGGUUGAAACGUACCAUACAAACGGUAGCAGAAGUACCCGCCCCACAAGAACGAUGGAAAGCUUUAAAUGAAAUCGAUGCUGGCAUUUGUGAAGAAAUGACUUACGAUGAAAUAUCAACCAGUUAUCCGGAAGAAUUUACUGCUAGGGAUCAAAAUAAAUUUGCGUAUCGCUAUCCUAGAGGUGAAAGCUAUGAGGAUUUGGUGGCACGCUUAGAGCCAGUUAUCAUGGAAUUAGAACGGCAAGGAAAUGUACUAGUUGUAUCACAUCAAGCGGUUAUUCGAUGUCUGUUGGCAUAUUUCUUGGACAAAUCUGCAGAUGAAUUACCAUAUUUACAUGUUCCAUUACAUACAGUGAUAAAAUUAACGCCUGUCGCUUAUGGUUGUCGUCUCGAACAUAUUCGAUUACAAGUCGAUGCUGUCGAUACUCAUCGGCCAAAACCAAAGAUACCAGGAUCAUUAGAGGACAAAUUUAAACAUAAAUUUUUACCAGUUAAUGGACAUGAUGCAGUUUUGGAUUCUGAAUUAACGACUUAUUAUUUUUGAAAAAAAAAACCAAAGAAAAUCAUUCAUGGACGCGAGAGAAUUGAAGAAAGAAAUGUGUUUUUUGUUUCUUGUUAAAAAGUAUACUUUCAAAUUAUAUUUUUCAUACUUCGACUGACUUUUACAAGUUUUUAUAUAAAAUAUUUCGAGAUCGGACCCUAUACCCCUAGUCAUAUAUCAAUUUUAUAUUGGAAUUUUUAUUUUGUAAUAUGGAAUAAAUUUUGAAAGUGUUUUUUAGACUCAAAAUUUAUCAUUUGAUAAAAGAAAAUGUAUACUUAGUUAGAAUCUAACGAAUUGAAAAACCAUUAAGU